CGCGGGACAAGUCAUGCUUCCUGCUGCCUUCCGCUGUUGACAAUUGUCAGAAGGAGCAUGACACCUGCCGCAUAUUAAGAUCCAGCAGCAAGGUGAGCGACAAGCAGACUGCGAACAACUCUCGACGAUAUCCCGGUACCUCCUACAGCUCGACGAGAACAAAUCGGCGGCACGGACGCGGGUCAGAGAGCAAGAGGUCCCGAACACCAGAACCAGAAGCUGCUUGGAGAGCACAAACACUACAACGCAAAGAGAGAGACCUCAUAGCAAACACAAACGAAAUCAGCGUUCGUUGCACAUAUCAAAGACCAGCCAGCGCGUUCACGCCUCUCCAUCUCACAACCACUUUCCCCGCCAUGGCUGACUUCCUGACCAACCUAUGGGAAUCCGUCUUCACGCCCGGUACGACUCCAACACUCCUCAUCGCGACGAACGUCACCUUCGCCUCGCUACAAGCUCUCCUUCUCGGUCUCCUCGUUGCGACGUCCAGCAUACACUUUGCCAUCCUCUCGGUCCUUUGUGGAGGUCUGUGGUACAGCAUCAACUGGUUUGCAAAAGAGUUGCAAGCAGCACAACGAGCUGAAGAUGAGGCGGAGAGGCUGAGGAAGCGCAAAACUGCAGCUGCGGGGCAGGAGAAAGCGGACAUCGGAGAUGCAGACGAUGAGGGUGAGGAUACGGAGGUGGAGAUUACGAGGGGCAUGGCGGACAGCAUGGCGAGCUUGACAGGAGCAGGCGGUCUGAAUGAGGGAGUGGGCGGACUAGAGACGGAAAAGAGGGAGAAAAUUGCGAGGUUGGCAGAGCAGGAUCCUAGCGUGCGCAGUGCGGCGAGUGGAGCGCAGACUGGUUCUGCCAGCAGGGAGACGAGACAGAGGCAGUCUCGGAGGGCAGAUAUGUCGAGCAGCGAGUUCAGUACGGACAGCGAGUGGGAGAAGGUCAGCGAGAGUGGGAGGUAGCUGUGUUGCUACCGGUAAACUUCUGGAAGACACGACCCAAUGGAUUUAGCCCGAAUGUGAUACCCUG